UUUCCCUACCAUUCCCUAUCGCCAUCCCCACUACACGAGGGCCUUUUCUUUUGGCCAACGUUGAAAGCAUUAACGAAAUAAGUCUUUUACACAAUCGAAUUCAUUAGGUAAAAGAAUUCAUCAUGGCACAGAGUAAGUUGAACGAUUUAGCCGGUCGGUUCUCCAAUGGUCCGAAAGGACUUGGAACGGGAUUGAAGUUAUUGGCUUUGGCCGGAGCCGCAGCUUAUGGAGUCAGUCAGUCUAUGUACACCGUGGAAGGUGGUCACCGUGCAAUCAUCUUCAGUAGGAUUGGUGGAGUUAAAGAUGAUACAUACCCUGAAGGACUACACCUUAGACUACCUUGGUUUCAAUAUCCAAUUAUCUAUGACAUCAGAUCACGACCAAGGAAAAUUUCCUCCCCUACUGGCUCAAAAGAUUUGCAGAUGGUAAACAUCACAUUACGAGUUCUUUCAAGACCAGAUGCUGCCUUGCUCCCUGAUGUUUACAGGAAUUUAGGGUUAGAUUAUGAUGAAAAAGUUCUGCCUUCUAUCUGCAAUGAAGUUCUUAAAAGUGUUGUAGCCAAGUUCAAUGCUUCCCAGUUAAUUACGCAGCGUCAACAGGUUUCUUUGCUUGUUCGCCGUGAGUUAACAGAGCGGGCUCGAGAUUUCAACAUUAUACUGGAUGACGUUUCCAUCACAGAGUUAAGCUUUAGCAAGGAAUACGCUGCCGCCGUCGAAUCCAAACAGAUUGCCCAACAAGAUGCCCAGCGUGCAGCAUUUUUCGUCGAGAAAGCCUAUCAAGAGCGACAACAGAAAAUUGUUCAAGCCGAGGGUGAAGCCGAGGCUGGCAAAAUGAUGGGAGUAGCCAUAGGUAUUAAUCCAGGUUAUUUGAAGCUGCGCAAGAUCCGUGCUGCACAAAACAUCGCCCGAACGAUUGCAGCAUCCCAAAAUCGAGUAUAUCUGAAUGCUGAUUCGCUCAUGAUCAACGUGAGUGACGUUUCCUUUGACGAGCGAAUUGCGACCGUUGGACUCAAGAAAGACAAAAAGUGAAAAUAGUCAAGAUAAAUACUUGGAAGUGGUUUCUUAACGUCUAAACGUCGCUGUUUCUGGUACAUACAAAUGUGGUCGGCAUAGUUCCCAAGUAGUUUUGUUGGAUGUUGUUGAUGUGAGCUCACCGUUGAAGUAAUUUUCUUGCAUCUUUUCCGCGAGGGCUACGAUGAAAUUACAUUAACAUUACGUACAUCCAAAUUUGUAUCGUAUCUCAAAUACAAUAGAUUUUUUUUUCGAAA